UGCGUCGUGUACGUAGACGUACGGUAGAGGUACGCGAGGUCUGCAUCGGUUAUUAAUAGACGUGGCGUGGCGUGGCGGGGGCUGCGUCAUAAAACUCACUGGCUGAGUGCCGAUGAUGGACAGUCGGUGUUUAGAGGAUUCGCGGUGCUGGACGUGCGCAGUCCGAGGUGUUAGGCUGUCAAUCAGCGUGGCGGCGGUCAUAAAGCAGGUUGCCCGUUCAUAUCCCCCUGCCGAGCAGUGACCACUGACGGGACUUUGCUCUUGUACUGUGGAACAUUGAGGACUAGACAGAGGCGUUCAUUCAGGCAAGGAGAGAGUUUCAGACUUGCAGACGCUGUGCGUCUUUUAUCGGCAUUGCAUUUAUGGGUAGUUGCUGGUUGAGCCGCGGCUAGGCGUUUGGUCGGCUCGAUACCGACUUGCACCGCCGGUUAUUGACUUCGUGAAUUGCAUUUCCAUCCUGCUGAGUAUUCUGACAUACAUGUACUGUACAUUGUGUUUUCUGAGUAACUAGAAGAGUUGUUAAACCGUGAGGCUCUGGCUAAACGUGCAUCGGAUAUUAAAAACUGUCUUGGAUUGUUGAUUUCAAAAGAGAUUCACAGCCAUGGAUGGCAAUGAUACCAUGUCUGAGACCACGGUCUUCAGAUUCGACGACAUGCGCCAGAGGAUUGUCGUGGCCUGCCUCUUUGCCCUGAUCUCUGUCCUGGGAACGGUGGGCAACAGCCUGGUCAUCGUGGCCGUGUUCUUGUCUAGAAAGCUCCGCACGACCACCAACGUCUUCGUGGUCAACCUGAGUUUAGCUGACCUGUUCACCUGUCUGUUCCUGCCCUGGAACAUCGUGGCCCUGCUCAGCCCGACCGGCUGGCCCAUGGACGGCACGGUCUGCGCCAUCGCUGCCGUGGUUCUCUUCACUUGUGUCAGCUGCAGCGUCUACACCUUAGCCGCUAUCGCCAUCAACCGCUUCGUCAUCAUCACCAGGCCCAUGCGCAAGUACAAGACCUACUACAGCCGCUGGAAGCUGGUCCUGAUGGUCGGGGUGACCUGGGGAGUCUCCCUCUUCAUCGCCAUCAUCCCUCUGAUCUUCGGACUCGGUGAGUUGGGGUACGACACCAAGUACAGUACCUGUACCCACAAGACCUCCCAUCCCUUAUCCGACUACUACAGCAUGGCGCAAGCUAUGCUCAUCUACCCCAUACCCAUGGUCACCAUCGUGGUCUGCUACGUGGCCGUCUUUCGCCACGUCCGUAACCACGCCAAGAGCAUCACCGAGCAGUCCGAAUCCUCCUCCACCCAGUCCCAGUUCGCCACCCAGCCCACGAUGCGACGGGAGAGCAGCCACCACCAGAGCAUCAGCCGCAGACAGGUGGAGAUCACCAAGAACCUGUUCUACGUGGUGUGUGCUUUCAUCCUCUGCAUCACGCCGUACUGCGCGGCUCUGGUCAUACCGAGGAGCGAGCCGUUCAUCCCGUGGGCUGGGGCGGUCAUCCUGGCCAACAGCUGUAUCAACCCGGCCAUCUACGCCACCAAACACCCGUACUUCAAGCAGGUGAUCAGGGCCAUACUCUGCUGCAGACUGUCCACCAUCCCUGAACCAGCAAGCUGCUUGAGAUCCUCUCAAACUCGAUGGAAGCCGCGAUGACUAGAGAUGAAGAGAGUGGCUUCAAGUUCAAGCCUCAAAAGACAAACAAUAACAACGGCUACGCAAACUGAGAUUGAAAAGUGCCAGGGAAAUGUUGCGCAGGCAGUGGACUUGAGUGAAUAUUAUUGUGCUAGUUAUACACAACAGUGACAACGACAUUACUGCACCCAUGGGGCCAUAUAAAGGAUAGACCAAAGAGAGCUCAGUGACUGUGAGCGUGUGGAACAAUGGAGAGGAAUUCUUCCUACCUCCAGAAUUGAAGUUGCAAAGGAAAAGGGCCCAUAUAAAUAAGAAACAUAUUCAAUAUGCAAUGAAAACUGAAUAUGGAUAGAGACCUGCAUCCGUUUUGUAGAGUUUUUUGUACUGAUUUGUUAACGAUCCUUGGGUUAUGCUUUACUAUCAAGAACCCAAUUUUCUGGUGCAAACUUUUUUUUGAUGAAAGCCCGCAGAAACAAAAUGAGUCUUACGUUUUUGACAUACGAGGAACCACCCGCAUGAUGACAAGUCAACGAAUGUGGUACUCUAUGUGGUACUAGUAUGAGAAAACAAUCUCCGCAUUACCACUGCAGACAUGACUCUGGGUUUCUACUUGAGUUUUAGAAAUACCUAUAGAGUAUAGUGAUGCUAAUGUUUCUGUAUAUUUGUAUAAAAAUGUUUCUCGUCGUUUGCUGUACAUCUUGCCACAUCUUGCUGUCAAUCACUCUGUGUGUUAUUAUUUUAAUAGAGCAAAGUGCCUUGCGGUGUCAGGAUUCAGGGAAAUCAGGUGCUAAUCGCCUUAUCAUCGGAAGUGCCCACAAGUUGUUGACUUAAAGCUCGGACCCAUCCACACUUCUCCUAAAAUACUCCAAAUCGUUCAGCAGUAUGUAAGUUGUUGAUUCAACCCGUAUGGCCAGCUGCCCGCUCGUGUAUACUGACAUGCGUGACGCGUGUGUGUCUUAUCGUAGACAAACACACACACACACGGUAGUUUCUUCAAUCGCCCCUCUUAUCUGAAAAUACCGGCUAUGCAAUUCUUUAUAACGCAAAGGACUAAAAGCUGAUAACGGAGAAUACUUUUCAUAUGUCCGGGGGCAAAACAAAAGUGAUAACGGUGCUGCCUUAUACAAAUUCAGCCACACUUGCCUUAAUAUAGACAGAUCAAGGAUUUGCACGCCCGCCCCGCGAAGGACAGGAAGUGUGACUCGCGCACUCCUCUGUCUCUGAUAAAUUUACGUUUACAACUGAUCCAAUUCAGGAAGAAAAACAAAAGAAAAGAGUAUUCUUAAUUCCGAAACCACCCGCCUCGUCUUGCCAGAUGCCAUUUUGUUGGGGUUAUGUAGAUUGCUUUUUCUAGCAACAAUCCGAAUAUUAUUAAUUUGACUGUGUCCAAAAAGGAAACAUUAAGAACUCGAGUUGUCGUGGGUUAAAAUCACGGUGAACCACAUGAUUGUUUUUGAUGGUAAUAAUGAACAAUAGUUAAUGCACCAUCUACACGGUAAAAGAGGGGUGGAAGUGGGUGUCUUAAGAUUAAUCAGAUUCAUAUUGUAGACCAUUUCCAACCACCGCGUCUCCUCUUUAAACCAUAGAGCAAGUCUAAACCAAUUAAAACAACAUAAAGCCGUGACACAAAAUACUGUUUUAAUAAUAUAGUGCCGGCCUAGCGUGCCAACACGCACCGCUGGCUCACCAAGAAUGACACCUGCAGAGAAACAGAGAAAUGAUACUGGUAGAUAACUGAGUUACACUCAGUACCGUCAUCUGAGCAACUGUAUCUUUAAUAUGAACUGAACAGUGCACUCCAUGCCACAGUUUCUAUUCUAGGGCAUCUGUCUACAUGUACUCACAAGAGUUGGUGAACCCGACGCAUAUUGCACGCCGAAGACGAGGCAAACGUGGCAGUAAUUGAAUCCGGGUUAAAUUGUACACUGAAAAAUUGUCUGGGUUAAUUUUACCCAAACAAGGGUGAAAACUGCAACUACCCAACAUUUGGUUGUCCUUUACCCAAUUGUUUAGGUUAGAAUUCUGUUAAAUUCAACCAAAACUUGUGGUCAACCAAACUAAAUUUAAUUUGGUCUUGUAGUGUACGACCACAAGUUUUGGUUGGAUUUAGCAGAAUUCUAACCCAAAGGUAAAGGACAACCCAUUUUGGGUAGUUGCAGUUUUCAGUUUCGCCCUUGCUUGGGUAAAAGUAACCUGCAGGUAAUUUUUCAGUGUAAGGGCAAUUUUCACGGUUGGGUUGAAAACGAGGCUGUACUGGCAUGAACUACAAGCUUCUCUCGGAUGGGUUCUUCUACAAAUUGUUAUGUCAGCAGCUUAUAUAGAAGGGAAGAGUCUUUGUUUUGCAAGUUUAGUCUUUGUUUUUUUUACUCGGGAUUCGUAAUUCUAUGCAAAAGGUGAAUGUCAUGUGAAGUAUAUCAAGAGGUAAUCUCACCAUUAAUACUCUUAUUUUUGUUUCAUUAUGGCAGACUUAUCUCGCGAUAGACUUUAGAAACACGGUUGUUUUUUAAGAACUUUGAUAUUAAUUUGAACUUGCUAAAACUGCCCCUUCUUGUUUACUAAAACACUGUAAAUAAUGUUUGAUAAUGCUUGUUGUUGUUAAUAAACUAUUUGUAUUAAUUUAUUGAAUGCCAA